AUGUCUAUCAACCGCAUGAACAUUGAGUAUGUGCUGAACUCAGUUGAACCAGAUACUAGCAGCUACGAUAGAGGGCACACGCCAUUUGACAGCUCAAUCUACGAAAGCUAUCAGUCAACUGAUGAUGCCCAGAACUACCACGGAGCAGCAACCUUCCAUCAUCCAUUACCAGAGUUGCCAUCGACUCCGCAGCGGCAUACAUACGGCAAGCCCAGAUUUUGA